GCUUCCGCCUCCAGUCCGGGUUCAGACCAACAUGGCGGCUGUACAAUGACGGUCUCUCCAGUUUAAACUGAAAUUAUAUUAUUAAUGUUUACUCAAUGAAACAUUUUAGAAACGUUUCUGUUUGUUAAAACCCUCAGUCGGUGACCGGGUGUUUCUAAUUAGUAUUAAAACCCAGACUGAUCCUGGUGGACCGUUGGUCUGACCCAGCUGCAGCAGACCUUCAGAGACAUGGAGAAGUUUGGGAUGAGUUUUGGGGGCAGUUCCGGAAGAAAGGAGCUACUGGACACCAUUGAGUCCCAGAAGAAGCAGCUGGUCCAGUACCAGACCCGCUUCAAAGACGUGGUCCAGGCCUAUAAGAGUCUUCUCAAGGAGAAGGAGGCUCUGGAGGCAAGUUUUAAGGUCUUGGCUGUGACCCAGGAGGUGGAGCUCAACCAACAAUGCCAGGACACCAGAACCACCUUAGACCUCCAAGAUGACGGCUCCUCUCUGCACAGUGAGGACAGUGUGGACACUGCAGUCUCUGUGGACAUGUCCAGUGAGACCACCCGAGAUGACCAGGGGGAAAAGGACCAGGGAGAACCGGGAUCUAGGUCCAGUUCCCUGACCCGGAGGUCUGAUUCCAGCACCGGUGGCUCAGAUAACUGCGGUAUGGGGGUGGAGCCACGUCAGCAGGCCACACCCCCUCCCAGCACAGAGGUGGACCGUCGACUCGCCCAGUUAAAGAAACAACUGAGCACACUCACAAGCGCCCUCGCCACAGUGACGCACGAGAAGUCUCGAAUGGAGGCCAGUUUUCAGGCUGAUAAGCGCCAGCUGAAACAGGAAAUGGAGGAGCUCCAGGACCGCCUGGUUGCUGUGACAACACAGCAGGAGGUGGAGCUGUGCGCCCUCCAGCAGCAGUUGGCUGAGGGCCGUGCUCGCAUCAUCACGCAGCAGCACGAGAGGGAGCAAGAGCAGGGCGACCACGUCCAGCAGCUAAGGGAGCUGCAGAGGAUCCUACAGCAGGAGAGAGACCUGCGACAGAACGCGGAGCUCCGCCUGCAAGACGCCAACGCCACUCUCCUCAUGACAUCACAGGCCGUGGAUCGGGGGGCGGAGUCAGAGGCUCACCUGAACCAGGUGAGGGAGGACAGAGACGAGCUCAGGAAGAGGCUGCUGGCUGUCGAGGAGGACCAGAAGAAACCAGAUCCCAGAGUGAAUGAACUGCAACAGGAGCUGACGGAGCUGAAAAAACACUUCCAGCAGCAGAUUCACCUCGAGACCACAAAGGCCUGCGAGGUGGAGGUUCGACUCCUGGAGCGCGCUCAUGCUGCAGAGGCGAGGGUCGCCGGUCUGGAGCAGAGAAUCUCCGAACUUUCAGAGCUUCUGGGUUCCUGUGAGAAGACGAGGCAGAGAGACCAGCAGACAGCUCAGAGACUCAGAGACCGGAUCCUGCAGCUGGACACGGAGAACAAGACGUUGGCCAGCAGGAUGACUUCUGACCUCGGCGUGGAUGAGUCUCAGCUGGACAUCUGCGUGCUGAAGGAGAAGCUGGAGAAGCUGAAGAAGCUGUUGGUCCUGGCAGCUCAGAGGAACCCAAACCAGAUCAUCCAGGACCUGGUGGACACCCAGGCGGAGUUGGGCGGAGACAAAGCCUCGUUGCUCCAGCAGCAGGAGCUUCAGCAGCUCAAAGACGAGUUUGAGCGCUACAAGCUGCGAGCACAGGUUGUGCUGAAGAACAAAAACGCCAAAGAUGGCUCUCAGGCCAAAGAGCUGGAGGAGGUCCGGGACCAGCUGUCCGAACUAAGGGAGAAGUACAUCAACCUGCGGAUCCAGAGCGACGAGGCCGAGACCCGACACCGCCGCCGGCUGGAGGAGGUGCAGCAGCAGUCGGCGGGGCUGCAGCACACUCACAAACAGGAAGUGGAACGGACUGAGGUGGCGCACCGCGACGACCUGCUGCGACUGGAAGAGGAGCUUCACAAACAGAGAGAGAGGACAAUGGCGCUGCUGAACGAGAAGGACCAGGAGCUGGAGAGGCUGCGUGCCGCGGUGCCGACCUGCACCAACGACACUGACAGGACGGCCGACAACAUGCAGGAGUCUGGCCUGGAGACCGAGGGUGACAUCAUCAGUCAGGCUCUGCGGUGGCCGACGCCCACCGAGCCCACGCUGCUGCUGUACGCUGAACAGCUGGCCAGGAAGGAGGUGGAGGUGGGAAACCUGCGGCGGCAGAAGCACCGGCUGGAGGACGACGUCCACCAGCUGCAGGCUAGGCUCAUUGCGAAGGGGGAGCGGCACGACGAGGAGGCGUCCGCACUGCGAGGACAACUGGACAAACUGAUCAGAGAUCAAAGCAGAGAGGGCGCCAACAUGGAGUACCUGAAGAACGUCACUUACAAGUUUCUGACCCUGCAGGACGCCAGCGGGAGGCAGCAGACGCUCAAUGCCAUCCUGACCAUCCUGCACUUCAGUCCACAGGAGAAGACCACCGUCAUGGGGCUGCAAAGCGCCACGUGGUGGAACAACAAGAGGUAGAACAUCUGGAUCAGAGUCCACAGAGCCACCAGGUGGACCACCACCUGGAUCAGAGUCCACCGCACCUUCUGCUGGAGCAACAUUUAUAGCAGAGUCCACCGGGCCCCCUGGUGGACCAACAAGAGGCGGGGCAUUUGGAAAUCAAAAUUGACAGUAGAUGGGAGUCUGGUUUAUUUCUCUCUCUCUAUAUAUAUAUAUAUAUAUAUAUAUUAUACACACACGCAAUACUGAUUUGUUUUGUCUCAUUUCUAUGUUGUGAAAUGAAGAUUUAAUUGAUUUGAACUAAGUGAUGUUUCAUGUCACAUUUGUGACAUGAUGAGUCAUGUCUUCUUACGAUAAACUUUCAUCAAGAGAACACAAUGCAUCAUUUUGAUCAAUAUGUAACAAAAUAAAAAAAGUUUGACUUUCAAAUCCAAACAUUUACAGAUGUUUUGAGAAGAAAGAAAAGUUAAACCACAUUAAUAGUUCAAUAAACACUAUAAAAAAAAA